AUGACAAAAAUGGGAAAAUAUCUAUGUAACCACUUGAUAAGAAGAAAGGCACAACCACAAUCAAAAGAGAGCUGCUUCAGAGGCAGUAGAGAUAUAGCUUCAGGUAGCCAUAAAAAUAAGGAAUAUUAUGAAAGAAAAAGUAUAAAUUUAUGCACAGCUUUCAAUAAUAAUGUAAAUAUAAGACAUGAACGACUGGAUAGUAAUUGUUAUAUAUAUAGCAUAAACUCAACCAUUUUCAAACUUUUAAAACAUGUUCAUAAAUUGAAUAAAAAAUUUAAAAAAUAUAAAAGAGAUAUGAUAAAUAUGAAUGAUACUGUAAUGAUAGAUAAGGGAAAUUACCAUAUGAAGAACGAAAUUGAACAAAUAUUUAUGUGUUACGUUUCUAUAUAUAAUAAUAUAAAGAAAAAUUUAUUUUUAAGGGUAACUUUGGAAAUAUUAAAUUCUCCCGUAUUAUAUAAAAAAAUAACUGAUAAUAAAAAUUUUUAUGAAGAAUUACUUUAUGAAAUAAUUAAAUGUGCAAAUGAAAAUGGUAUGGACAAAAAAUAUAUUAUUUAUGAAUAUUUGAUAAAAAUUGUAUCAACAUUUUUAAAAAAUAAGAACUUUUUGAAUGAAAUAUUUCAAAGAAUAUUUUUUUUACAAGUGAUAAAAAUUUUAAAUAAAGAACAAAAUAUAAAUCAUUUUGCUAUUAGCAAUUUUACUUUUUUACUUUCCUGUAUUUCAUUUUAUAAAAGAAAUCUAAAAACAGACAAAUAUUUUUAUACUAAGGAAUCACAAAAUCAUUACCCUUUAUUAUUAUAUCACAUAUCACCUGAUAAUAAAUUUUUUAUUUUGCAUGAGAAAAAACAACUCCUACAAAAUUGCAUACCUAUGAUUUUAGAAAUUUUUACGAAAAUGGAAAGUUACAACUGUUUUAGCGAAAUCGAUAUUUGUAAUAUUUUCGACUUCUUGCAUGAAUUUAAACAAUAUCACAGAAUAAAAGAAAUAAUAUGUUCAGACAUACACAAAUACUUUACUACAUCAAGUGCCGUAAAACACUUAUGUUUCUUUUUAUACCUUUUAGCUUCCAGCAGAAAUACUGAUAACAAUUCUACCAUUCGUACGGAAGUAUAUAAUUAUAUAUAUAAUAUUAUAUUUUUAAAGAGAAACCACUUGACAGAUCUUAAAAAUAUAAACUUAUUUUUGCUAAGCGUAGUAGUAAAUCAUAAAGCUGAUUAUAAGAAGUACAAUAAAAACAUCGAACUAACCAAAAACGAACAAUACAAGAAUAUUUUCUCGAUUAAACAUAAGGAAAAAAUAGAUCACACCAAAAAAAAAUUCAACAAAAAAUUUGAAUUAUGCUUAAAACUAAGACACAGGUUUAUUAAGAAACAGAAACAGCGAAAGGAAAAAAUUAUGUACUUUUUUAUUAAACAAUGUUUUAUGAAGCUCAUAGAAAAAAGUAAAUUAGAUAGUAAAUAUGUAAAAACUUUUUAUCGAUACUUUUUGUUUUACCACAUAAAAAAAAAUUGCACUCGAAAAAAAAAUUAUUUAUCACCCCUAACAAUUGUAAGAAAUUUAGAACUGUAA